GAGGCUUUAUUCGUGUAUUACAAUUUGAUUCUGGAAAUAGGUUAUUUCAGCGUAUAGCUGCAAAAACAAUUUUUAAUAUCUAACAUGAUGAAAAUCGCACUUUUCUUAGCCGUUGGCUUGGUUGUCGUCUUCAACUCUCCAGUAAACGCUGAAUUGACCGAGGAAGACGGACAGAAAAUUCUUGAUGCCAUCAAAGACGAAGUUGCAAAGCAAAGCCUCCAGUGCGCAGGUAUUAAAUCAUAUUGUUCCCAUGAUGUCCCAAGUGAAAUUCCAGCCAUCUUAUGCCCGAAUUUAUUAAAAGCCUACCUGUGUGACAACGUUAACAGCGCAGCUGGAAUCAAUCAGGUGUUAGUAGACAUCGCAAAAAGGGUAGCCGAGAACCAGAAGAAUUAAAACUAUACAUCCAUAACUGUGUAAUAAGUUAAGAGUAACUAUGUGAAACAUAAAAAUGAAGUAAUUUUUUCCAAGAA